AAAACCUGCGAGCACCCCAGACACUUCUCUCACCGCCCUCUGCGCCCAGCGCCUGGCUCGAGCGGUCCGCCCCGAGCUUCUGCCGCCGACGGCUCCGCCGAUGAGCCGCCCAGCCCGCGGGGCGGCGCGCGUGCCGCCGCCGCCGCUGCUGCGCUCGGUGGCGGCGCCCGGGGGCGGGCGCGAGCGGUGGCUGGAGCUGGGCAUCGGGGCCGCGGAGCUGAGGCCCGCGGCCACAUUGGAGCCUGCGGCCAGUGCUUCCAGUGGAAGCGCGUCGGCCCGGACCGCUGGCUGGGCGUCGUGGCCGGCGAGGCGUGGUUGUUGCGGCAGGGCCCGCGCGGCACGCAGGCCCGCCGCGUCUGCGGCCCGGGCGGGCCCGCCUCCCUGGAGGGCUUGCUCGGCCUCACCACCUCAACGCGGGCCCCUCGGCCCCGAGCCUGGCGCGCCUGCGCGCCGAGUGGGCCGCGCGGGACGAGGGGGCCGCGACCGCGGCGCGGGCGCUUCCCGGCCUGCGGGUGUUGAGGCUGGACCCCGUGGAGGCGCUCUUCUCCUUCAUCUGCUCCUCCAACAACAACGUGGCCCGCAUCACGCUGAUGGUGGACCGCCUCCGCGCCGCGCUCGGCGAGCCCCUGGCGGGCGGCUCGCCGCUGCCCGCGGGCCUCUGCGCGGAUGACGUGCCCCGGCAGCACGCGCUGGAGUUCAACCAGCGCGGGGCGCUGCACCGCUUCCCGGCGGUGGAGGCCCUCGCCGGGGCCUCGGCGGAGGAGCUGCUGUCGCUGGGGCUGGGCUACCGGGCCCGCUUCGUGCGCGGCGCGGCGCGCCAGCUGCGCGAGGGCGGCGGCCGGGCGUGGCUGGAGGCGCUGGCGGCGCCGGCCUGCGGCCGCGCAACGGCCGAGGCGGAGCUGCGGAGGCUCCCGGGCGUGGGGCCCAAGGUGGCCGCGUGCGUGGCGCUGCUGGGCCUGGGGCACGCGGACGCGGUGCCGGUGGACGUGCACGUGGCGCGCCUGGCGGCCCGCUCGCUGGCGCCGCCGCCGCUGGCGCAGAGGCUGCGCGGCGGCGCGCUCACGCCGCGGGUGCACGCCGAGGUGGGGGAGCUGUUCCGGGAGCGCUACGGCGCCUUCGCCGGCUGGGCCCAGACGCUGCUCUUCGCCGCGGAGCGCGAGAGGGCGCGGCCCGCGCGCCGGUGAGCCGCGGAGCGCCCGUGGGGCCCCAUG